AUGCCCGACUACCCGCCAAGCUUUGUGUUCUUGACAUGCAAAUGUAGCAAAGCUUUUCCUUGGCUUGCUGUGUACGAUAGGCUUCAUCGUAACAAGAUUCAAGAUGCAGAGUCGGAACGUGGUGUUGGCCUCGUUGAGCAAUUGGUGUCUCUGCUGUGGUUGCAACAACCUGCCACAUGGCGCGCGGAGAAGCCGUUGACAGCGUCUGAAGCAGUCGCGGUCCAGAUGCAGAUCCUCAUGGCAAUGGGAAACAUGUUCCGAGACGCGGCAUGCGCGUUUGGCGUCUCCGGCAUCCAGCUUCGAUCGGCAAAUGGUCUAGAGGGGUGA